AUGUUUCAUGAAUUUUUACAGGAGUUGGGUCCUCUCAAAAAUUCAGAGCUUCCCUUUCCAUUUAGAAAUUAAUUUAAAAUUAAAGAAAAUUUCAUCAAUCCAAAUAGCAAACAUUUUGAUACCAUAGCUUAGAAGUAUAUUAUCAAUAUUCAAUUUAGAUUAUUAUCAGAAGAAAAAGCAAGUAUCAAAAGAAAAUGGGAUAAAUAAUGCAAAAUGAUGUUUAUUUGGAUAUUAGGUAAGUUUUUUUAAUUGAAAAAUAAAAAAACCAUCAACCCUACAGAAGAAGAAUGGACAUAAUUAUCUAAUAUUCUUAAAAUAGAAGAAGUUACUCUCAAAUAAAGAUGGAUAACUCUUAUUAAUCCAGUUUCAAAGAGUAUUAAUUGGGAUUCAGAAGAAGAUGAAAUCAUUCGAUCACUUAUGAAGUAUAUAAUAUUCAUAUUUGUAAUCAAGUGAAUCAGAUGAAAAACAUAUUUGGACACAUAUUGCUUUAGAAUUGUAUAAUUAAAACAAUGGACAAUACAUAAGAACUCCCAAAUAAGUCAGAGAAAGAUGGAUGAAUUAUUUAAAUCCAAAACUUAAAAAGUAUAUUUACAAUUUAACAAAUCAAUAGAACUAAUUGGAAUUAAGAAGAAGAUAUCCAAUUAUUGAACAUGGUUGUUAAGAAUGGAAAGAGAUGGUCACUAAUUUCCAGUCUUUUGGAUGGCAGAACAGAAAAUCAAGUAAAGAACAGGUAAAUAUUUAAAAUAUUUAAAAUAGAUUUAAGAGUCUCAUUCAAAAAAUCUAUAAAGAUGAAGACGAUGAUGAUAUUGAAGAAUUAUAGGCUAUUAAGGAGUAUUUAAAUAAAUAGAAUGGAUAACAAGUUCAGGAACCACAAAAAGAAGAGUCUCAAAUUAGAGUUAAUUAUUUGAGAUAGGUUAAAACUAAACCUAAUCUUAAAUAAUCUAAUUAAAUUGAAGAAAUAGAACUUUAAACAAAGAAAAGAAAGAAUAUAAAGGAUGUCUUACAAAUUUAAGAAUAAGAGCAUGUUAAGUCAUCACAAGAUUCAUUAAAAAAAUCAAAAUAAAAAGGAUCCAAAUUAAAAGUAGAAGAAUGUUAAUAAGAUAUAUAACUACAUUAAUAAUAAUAAUAAUAAUUAUAAUAAUAAUAAUAAUAAUAAUUAUAAUAAUAAUAAUAAUAAUAAUAAUAAUAAUAAUUCUCAUUUGAAUAAUAAUUAAAAAUACAGUAGUAAUUCUAAUCCUAAUUAUUAAGUGAAAAUAAUAAAAAAGAUCUCUCAACUCCUAACACAUUAUAUUAUAAUAUUUAACCUUCCUUUUAAAAAAUAGAGGAAGUAAAAAAUGAUCAAUAUGGAUUUAAAUAAGUUUAGCAAUCUCCAAUUUAAUAACCUAAUUAAUACUUAUAUUAAGGAUUUCGUCCAUAUUAAGAGGAUAUACAAUAAUAAUUUUAACAAACCCCUAUUUAAAUGUUAAUGGGCUAGUACUUUAAGAAUUACUAAUAAAAUUAUAAUCUUAUUUCUCCUUUCCCAUAAAUAAACCAAACUCCUAUGGUAUACACUCCUGCCUAAGCAAUGUACAUGUACAAUAAUAAUACUCCAUAUAAUAUGGGCGUGUCACCUCUUUUGAUUAGAAGCCCUUAUCCUGAGAAUUUAUCUCCAAAUAUAGCUCCCUAAUAGCAACAGCCUUAGGCUUGUUGGCAAACCCCUCAAUAAACAUCUAUUGAUUAUCAGCAGAAUGAAUAAAAGUUUUCUAUGGUAUGACUAAUAUAAUAAAAGUAGAAUAAAUUAGAAUUUCUAUAGUCUAAUAAUUUAGUUGAUAAAUGGAAAUAGAAAAGAGUAAAUGAAAAAUAGAAUGCCUCGUUUCUGGAAUCCUUUUAAUCACUUGAUUAAUGA